AUGCCCAGGGAAAUCUGGGACGAUGACUACACCUCCGAGGACUCAGAGUUCUCCGAGACAGAUGUCUCUCUCCACCGCCCAGGCCGACGAACCCAUAUCACGCAGCGCUCAAGCUCGCGCCACCACCAAAGCCGGCCAGAAGUAAAGACCUUCCUGGCGCCCGCCCAGCCAACACGAAUGCACCGGUCGCACUCCACAGGCGGACGCAGACGAGAGCGCGACCCGCCCCAAACCCCAACGGUCAUGAUCUUCAACGACCAAGCCCAACGCAGCGAGAACAAGCCCUCCUCGCGACGAGUCCAGCACCGCGUCAGCGAGCACAACGGCAAUCACUUCCACGACGAAGACGUCGUGCAAGUCCCGCAGGCCCCACCACCCCCGGCCCCAGUCGUGCAGGUCCCCGCGCAGUCGCCCAGACGCUCGCACUCGCACCGCUCCCGCGAGCGCCGCUACAGCAGCGUCUCGCGCGACGCCUCGCCCAUGCAGUUCCACCGCGACUUCGAGAUGGCCGCGAACCAGCACAUGCUGGAGCGUAACGAUAUUCGCCAGGACAUGGAUCUCUGGAAACAUCAGCAGGAGAUUGAGCGGUUGGAGCGCGAGCUGGCGCGCACGCAUGAGCGCGCGCACAAGUCGCAGCCGGCGCCGGCGCCGGCCCCGCCCCCGCAGCUGCCUGUGCAGGUGGUUGAUCCGAGGGAGUCGUGGCGGCUGCAUGAGGAGGAAGAGGCGUAUGAGGCGGAGAUGAGGGAUCGGUUGAGGAAGCUUGAUCGGUAUGAGCGUAAAUAUCGGGAUGAGGCUAGUCAGCGAGAGGCGGAGGAGAGGCUGAAGCUGAAGAGGUUUGAGGAGGCGCAGCGGGCUGCGGCGGAGGAGGAGGAGGUGAAGCAUAAGCUGAAGGAGGAGAGGUUGAAGGAGAUUGCACGGCUGCAGGAGGAGAAGGAGGAGGAGAGGACCCGGCUUGUGCGGGAGGAGAAGUUGAAGGAGAUUGCGCGAUUGCAGGAGGAGAAGGAGGAGAGGGAUGAGCUUGUGCGGCAGAUUAAGGAGGAGGAGGCGAGACAGGCUAGGGAAGCUGCUGAGCAGAGGGCUAAGGAUAUGGCUAUGAAGGCUGCUGCUGUUGAGGAGUGGAAGCUUGAGCAGGAGAGGAUCAAGCAGAGGCAGAUGGAGGAGGCUGCACGGAAGGAUAAGGAGUUCCGUGAUCGCUUGCGCAUUGAGUUUGGCUAUACUGAGGAGGAGAUUGAGGCUAUUCUCAAGAAGAAGAACAAGGAGGAGAAGAAGGAGAAGAAAGAAGAGAAGAAAGAGGAAAAGAAGGAAGAGAAGAAGGAGGAGAAGGAGAAGACCACCUGGAUCAAGGUUCAUCGCAAGCACUUGCUGCCAGAGACCUUGAUCGCCUACGGUCUUCCCUGGGACUGGGAUGAGCAUGACUCCGAAUACAUCAUCAUCAAAAAAUGGAUCACCGAGGACCUUCAAGAGGAGCUCUUCGCCCACACUAUCCGCAUCCGUCACCAGAAGGAAAACCAGAGAGUCAUCGCCCAGACCUCCCACUCAAUGACCGAACUGAGAGUCAACGACCGCAACAAGGACAAGAUGUUCCUGGUUCGGAAGAAGAGCCCUAAAAGCCGGCUGCGCGUCUUCGCCUAA